AUGGAGACCCAACGCGGCGAUAACCUUCUUACUGCGUUGGCAGCAGGCUGUUCUGCAUCUGCAUUGACGGCUUUCCUUACAUUUCCACUUGACUUUUUGAAAACUAAUCAGCAGCUUAGUAACGGACCGUUGCUUGCAAAGUACAAUGUCAAUCAAAGCAUUACGAGUAUUGCCCAAUUUAUGACGGGAUCCAGUGCUUUGGUAGCUGGCAGUGUGUUGAAGAACAUGACACGGAUAACGAUGUAUCACUGGUCGUCCGAUUUCAUGGCUAUGGAUACUGCGGGUGAUAAAAAGAAGACUACUGCUCCGAGAGUGGUAAUUGCAGGAGCAAUGUCUGGAUUUGUCGAAACACUUUGGAUUGUUCCCUUUGAGAGAAUUAAGAUUGUCAUGAUCCAAAACAGACUUUUGGCUGCAGAGGUCAAGGGCAACCCUAACCCUGUAGACAUUACUGGUUUAGGCUUGGAUAAACAUCCCAAAACGCUUUUUGCCCGGCAGUACGUGUCUCCUCAUGCUUAUUGGACCUCUGAGCUUGCUCACCAAUACAAAACAGGGAAGACUGCUUCGAAAUUCCAUCACCACCAUGUGAUCCCCGCAGACGAGCUCAAGGCAGAGUUCAAUAAGACUCCGGCUAUGUCUAUGAUCAAAGCAAUUCGCCAAAUGUACGCUUUGGAAGGACUUCUGGCAUUCACUACCGGAACUAUGAUUACAUUUGCGAGACAAGUUGGCACGUCAAUGGCUUGGUUUUCCACAUUCAAUGCUACACGGCAAUUAAUAAACCCACACGGCAAAGCCGCCGAACCACAAUGGUUCACUCUAAACUCUAGUAAAACAGAGCAGACAUUCUUAUAUGUUGUUUCAGCAGUGGCCGCUACUGCUGUAACACAACCACUCGAUGUGAUAAAAAGUCAUAUGCAGCUGAAGAACGGUCGCAUGCUCUUCCGUGACUCGCUUCUGACCGCUUACAAGCUUGUCGCUCACAACGGCGUUUCCUCUUUAUUCGCAGGCGCUUUCCCUCGUGGUUUCAAGAUUGCCGCACAUGGAGCGCUAACAGCCAUUCUAUACGGCAACUUUGCCACAGCCAUCACAUCGGUGAGCAACAAGUCAGUGUUUCUGGAGUAA